AUGUCUGAAACCCCAUCAAGUCUCCCUCGGCGUAUUCAGAGCUCGUUCCGGUCUGCGGUCGCGUUGAAGCAGGUCAAUCUGUUCCGGUCGAGCGAGAUUGUCCGGAUCGAUGACGCGCCACCGACGUUCCCGAACCAGCUCGUGCACAUCUGCCCCGAUCUCGCCCACAAGCCUUCAGUGCCCCCAAAGUACGCUCCCCUUGCCAAGGCUAGAGUCCGUUGACCCUUUAACGGCUGCUCGAGCUUGGCCUCCUAUCGCUGAUAGUCUUUCACGGCUCCCGCUUGAACUCUCUCGCGCUUGCUCCUCUGCUCCAUUGGCCCCUCACACAGAACGCCUGAUCUGAGCAAAGUCGGCAAGCGCGAUCCUUUACAGGGCCCCGAGUACGGACCUGGGGAGAAGGUUCAAGAUUUUGAAUGCGGAGGUGUCUCUUACUCAAUUGUGCACAAUCUACACGCGCUGAUGGAAGGUCAGUCCGAGGAUCCACGACUGCACGACUUCAGACGACUGUGACUUUGCCGCUUCUAGCUUGGUCCUGAUGCUUGUCGCGCCGUGUAAAUGCGUUGAUCCUGCGGCGGUUCCGCAGAACAUGGUAUGAUCGUACCACAAUUUGGAGAGGCCACCCCGUUCCGACCUCAGACGAGCGACUUGAUCGAUAGCGACCUCAAAGCGGCGUAUUCGCUGACGCAGCAAUACGCCGACGACGGUCGGGAGAUCAUCUGCUUUUUCAAGUGAGUUUUUGUUACUUUAGUGCUGGAGUGAGAGUAGAGGCGGGUUGGGUAAUCAAACAGCUUGGGAUCGGCACUGUACCUCAGCGGGGGGCCUCUUGCUGGUGCCUCGCAGCCACAUCUUCGUGAGUGGAAUGGCAACCCUGAUCGCGUCGGCGAAGGAUUUCAACUGAUACGCUCGAACCGCCUUGCCUUAUGUUAUGUUGAACUUCCGCCUUUGAAUGGAUCUUGUGCUCCACAGACAUUCAGUUCUGCCCGUUCCAAUUUUCCACUCCGCCGGCUCCUGAACUACUUGCUCGGGCAAUAGGACCAGGUAAGUGUCUCGAAGGCAUGAUUCAAAACUGGCCUGAAUACCAGCGACAAAUGGACAACGCACUGAUAUCCUUGAUGACGACGAGACCGAUAGUGUCGGAAGAUAGGCCUACCAAAUUGAACAUACCAUGGAUUCACUACAUCAUACCGAUUCCGCCAUCACCCACGACCGCAACGCUGUCCACGCUUUACCAUCGCUUGCUCAAGACGAACAGGGACCACCUCGAAGCGCACGGCAAGAGCGAUCGGACGAGUUACAACCUUUUCAUUACGCAGAAGUUCAUGCACCUUGUCCCUCGAACCAAAAGGUUGAUCAGAUUUGAGCGGAAGAGUUCGGAAGGCAAGACGGGUAGGUUCAUAGGUGCCGGCUUUCGGACACCUCGUUCUGGCCGAUGGGACGAAAGCCACUGACCGAACGUGAAACUCGUCCAUAACAGAAGAAGUGAACCUCUCGGUCAACGGCUUGGUGAUACUUGGCUUAUGGCACGUCCAGGAUUCAAACACGCGGGCCGAACUUCUGCAGUUUGGACUCGAGAGAGGGCUGAGAAGUUGCUGCGUCGCCAAUGGGGACUAUGCGGCGGCGAAUUGUGAAAAGGGCUCUUGA